AUUGAGAGAAAUUUAUAUGAACUUCCAAAGCUUUGCUACUUCCCAUUCCGGCACACGAACACUAUCCAGUAUAUCGGGAACAGUAGGGUCAACAUCAUUCACUACGCGCAAGAGAUCCCGUUUGACCACAACAAUAUGAUCGUCCUCGAUGGGCUCAUCUAUCUGAAGCACACGUCGCAAAUAUCGAAGGCAACUCUGCAGUGUUUCUAUCCUAUCUUCAUCGGUGGUCGAACGAACGCUAUCCAAUGCUUUGCUGAGGAGGGCAGGAAAGUAUGUUGCUUGCACAGCCGGUCUGCCACGCUCGCCCGUCUAGAUUGAGCCUUGCAACCAGAUCCUCUCUGAUAUUCCUAUCAAUAGCGAGCCAUGCCUUGUUGUAAAGAUUGCGGUUGUCAAGUCUACAACUCCACCCAUGCAAAGAAAUCGCAUCAACGCCCUAUCAUGAACAUCACCAACAUCGAGCUUCCGAAAUCCUACUCCAUGAAGCAACUCAGCACGACGGAUCAAUAUGAGAUCGUAUGCUGGUCGCAAUCCAAGCUUACCAUAUAUUACACAAUUGGCAACAUCAAAAACCUUCUGAUAGGCUUGGAAGAUUGGCUCGUUCGUCUUCUUCGCACAUGUCCAAUCCGUAUGUCCAGCAGCACCCGAAAGAUCAAGAAUCUGCUCCAUGAACCGAAACUCGAACAUGCGAUCAUUCUGCUUGAAACCCAGAAGCCCCGAUAGAGAUUCAAGGACGUUUUCUGCUUGGGCCAGUUGACCAAAAUUGAACUCGGCUCCCAAUUCGAGACUUCGGACAACAUCCAGCCUAUUCGCGUUGCUCAGACGAUCUAGACAGCCCACAAGGCCGGAACCCACAGCUUUGUGAAGGAUCAUAUCAUGGUUUGAACCAGUGGUGUCCUCGCCAGUCUGGGCUUCGUAGUCCUUGGCUAGUUGGGGGUCUUUCCCGAGGUCAUUUAUGACCAUCGAGGUUACGAGGUAGUCGAGGUCGGUGUCAGAAGUAAUUCCUUCUUCGAAAAGUUCACACAACCACUCGAACGACGCUUUUGACAGCUUGACAAUUUCUUCUUGCGAUCCCACAAAGGUUUGAUAAUCCCGAUUAUGCAACCAUCGGCGAGAAAGUAUGCCCACAAGUGUCGGGUUGACUUCAUCAUAGUCAAGUCCAUACAGAAUCUGGGAGGCGACGGUGUUGUGGGCUUGAUGGCAAGCUUGUUGGGGAUAGAGGUUGCCCGCUUGAGACGUUCGAGUUCUGGAGAGAACUGAUCGAGGAUGAGGCGCAAGACUUCCUCAUCGCUGCUUUGAAAGAAAGAUUUUGAGGUUAUGGUAUCGAAGAUUCGGGAAGUAUGAUGUUUGCAAUCCAUUUUUGGUGGUUGAGAAUUUAAGAAGCGAACUGGUUCCAAUAUUGUGGCCAUCGAAACUGCUAACAAUUGCAGGAGUUUAUACUUGAGAAGCUGCCACAUAGUGACUCCCAGGCCAACUGGGUCUGAAUGGACAAUGAGGCUUUGUUCAUUAGGCUGUCUGUGACACCCAACAGGACUUCCAACGGAACGUCCUAUGGGAGUUUGCUGAGAUCGGUUUGUGUUACAUUCUCUUUGUCUAAUCAGAGCUCUAACGUCUACUGGGCACGGUGCACAAGCAGCAGACCAAUCGCUUCUUGUGAAUUUGAAAGGUGGCGAGAUGGUGAGAAUAUGCUCUUUUCAGUCGGACUGAAGAUCGAGUGCUAUUUACAAGGCUUAAUUGAGAACAGCACCACAACCACGAAAACUUUCAGACGGCAGAUUGCAAACAAGAAUGGAGAGACCCCAAUAAAGAAUCCUUAUAAUAAAUAUUCGCUCAUAUAGUUUUGUUGGAAAUUUCCCAUGUUUUGCGAAAACACCACAUUUCUCGUCAGAGCACCUGCGGUUGAAUUAAGGUUGCCAUGGUGGCUGGGGCUUAGGAGUUAUAUCCGACCCUCCGUCUUACAACGACGACAUCUCUGGUGACCUGAUCCACCACCAAAUUUGCUAAAAAGAAACUCAAGGCGCCAUCGCCUUGAAAAGAGAAAUGCUCUUACUAAAAAUACUAACACUCAUCUUCAUUAACUUUACGUAGUCCCACAAUGGUAGCUCUUGAUCUUGUCAACGCUUCGAACGCUCAACUUCGCGAGUUGGGCCCUGGUCUGGUAGCUCUCUUUGGUAUGCUAUGCUUCCAGUGUCAUUCGAACAAGUGCUAACAGAUUAUAGUUGGAGGAACCAGCGGGAUUGGCGCGUUCACACUCAAGACGUUUGUGAAAGAUACGGUCUCCCCAAGAGUAUAUCUUGUUGGCAGAUCAGCACCAGCCGCAGAACGAAUCAUCAAAGAAUGCGAGGGUCUGAACAAGGACGGGAAAGUCGAAUUCUUACGGGCAGAUGUUUCAGAAUUGAAUGAGGUGGACCGCGUGUGUAAGGAGAUUCAGAAGAGGGAGAAGAAGAUCAAUCUGUUGGUACAGAGCCAGGGGAAUUUCUCUUUGGCUGGAAGACAAGGUAACAGGUUUUUGGCUAUCUCCUAUCUCAGUUUGCAAUCUUAUGCCGAGAGUUCAAAUGCUGAUUCUUAAUCCCAGAAAAUCCCGAGGGGCUGGAUCGCAAAAUGACCCUAAACUUCUAUGGUCGAAUGCGCUUCAUUUACAACCUCAAUCCCCUCCUCCAAAACGCAACAGCAUCCACUCCCAACUUCGCACGCUCACUCAGCAUCCUUGGUUCCGGCGCCGAGGGGGUAGUGAACUUCGAAGAUCUCGAUUUGGAGAAGGAAUACUCGGGCAUGCGAUGCGCAAACCACACAAUAGUAAUGAACGACUUCAUGACGAACGAGUUCGCAAGCCGAGAACCCUCCGUUAGCUAUAUACACUCAAAUCCAGGCGUGGUAAAUACCGGACUUUCCAGAGGCCUGCCAUGGUAUGCGCGCUAUGCUUUGAAGGCUGCGACGCCCUUACUGUGGCCAUUUUUCACGAGCGCAGAGGAGACGGGAAGUCGACAGUUGUUCUUGGCUACCAGUGCCCUCUAUCCGCCUGGCAAAGCUGCUGAUGGGUCGGCUUUUUCUUCUGGUGUGCCGGCUCCACAAGGGCUAUCGACCGUGAAGGGUGCAGAUGAGAAGGUUGGGAGUGGUGGGUAUAUCCUUCAUUAUACUGGUGAGUCUACGGGAAAGAAGAUAUUGCAGGAAUACAGGGAGAAGGGGGCCUCGAAGACUGUCUGGGAACACACCAUCGGAGUUUUUGAGGGCUUAGUCAAGAACAACCAUGGUAAAGGUAGUACUGUGGGCUCUUGAGAAACGCUCUUUUGUGGGUAUGAUAAUGAUGAUGACCUUGG